GAUAAGAACGUUACACACAGCCUUCCCUCUGUGGUGUCUCUCACUUCUUCUUUCUAACAGGAAACGUUCCUCCCGCUCAGAGAAAUGAGAAAAACAGCUUCCAGACGACGUUCAUCUGCUGUCUUUCAGCCUGCGGCUGGUCCGACUGAAGAUGUGGCAGCAGGCUCUGUGUUUCCCUCUCUCACUGAUCCUCACAGUGACGGUGUCUGUUGGCUGGAAGAUGAGGGUCUCUCCGGUGGUCACUGUCUCCAGAGGAGAAGACGCUGUCCUCACCUGCUCCCUCACAACUGGAAAAAUGGGAUAUUCAGGGAAGAUCACGGUGAAAUGGAUGGCCAGACAGACGAACACUCCUCCUUUCUUUCAGUGUUCGGUGAAAAAUGACUCGCUGGAGGAACCGAAUCCGUGUGCAGCUUCUGGGUUAAAAUAUUCCCUGGCCGGAGACCCUCGGCAUGGGGAGCUGUCGCUGCUCAUCAGGAAAGUGGAGCUGUCAGACAACGGCACUUUCUUCUGUCGAGUGGAGGCGGAGAACAAUGUCAGGUGGAUGGCAAAUUAUUUAGAAGAAAAGACAGAUCUUUAUGUUACAGCUCAGCCUCAGAUCGCCAGCCUCUCCGUCGUGAACACCCCCUGCAGCAGCGCCCCCUGGAGGCUGCAGUGUGAAGCCGAAGGCCACCCGCUACCUCACAUCGUGUGGCUGUCAGCCUCCGGGCUCCUGGAGGACCAGGAUGAGACCUGGGAGUACGGACCGUACCAACGGAUCAGCUGCAUCCCGUACCUGGAGGAGGAGCAGGUGUUUACCUGCCGGGCGGAGAACAGCUGGGGUCAUGCAGAGAGGAGCUUUCCAGAGAAGACUGAUCAUCUGAUGCUCAUUCUGACGAUCUGUGGCGUCGUCGUGGUGAUGCUGUCGGCUGGGAUCCUGGUUUACUGCCUCAAGCGAAAUCGUGGCCGGUGGGACUCAGACUCUCCGGCUGAUGGAGGACAGGAGCUCCAGCCGGUUUACUCAGAUGUCAGCUGCUCCUUCUCGGCACAGGUGGACAACGGGGCGUCCACUCUGCAGUCUGAGCAUAUAGACACCGUGUACACUUACGUGAAAACCCCGCAGUGACGGAGAUGUGAAGCAUCGGCCUAAAUAAUCUGCAGACAUGGAAGUAUCCGAUAGGAUCCGAUCGGAUCCAUAACAGCUGGAAUUCUGCAGGACCUCCAGCCGGGAAUCUGCUGCUGCAUGUAGACAGUGUCCAUAAAAUCUCGUUCAUUCAUACGGGCAGCUCUUCAGACUUUUCCUCUUUAUAUUUUUAAGAUAUUUAAUCUUUUUAUAAAAACAGUUACAUUAAAACAGAUUAUGUUGUUCUUUGUUUUUCCUGAAUGUUAACCCUUAAACCUCCUCUAGCUCUCCCAGUGUCUCAGCAGUGGUAGUGUGUAGCUCUGUGGGGUAAAUGUGAUGGAUAUUUUACCCUUUAGCUGAUUUACAGAAGUUUUCCAGCAUUUCUAUCCCGUCCAGGAGGUUUA